AUGCCUCGACUGCGCCUGUGUGACUUUCGCCUGCUCUCGCGAAAGACCUCGAUCACAGAUUUUGGGGCGAGUUCCGAGCAGCUGAGAGUGCGGCUUCUCGCGACGCAACUCAGCCCGGAUUCCGACUUUUUUGCAGCUGUGUGCUAUCCUGGCUCAGCUGCGGCCAUUUGUCUGCGCGACGAGUUUACCCAGCCCUCCUGA